GCCCCCCCCACGCUCUCCAGCAGCCCCCCGGACUCCUACCAGCAGCUCAACGUGGGAUAACGGUGAGGGGGGGGGGCCCUGGGGACGUGGGGGUGUCCCCAGUGUUGGGGGGGUGCCGGGGGGGGGUGUCCCCAGGCGCCCCCACCGGAGCUGCUGCUCUUGCUCGCAGGGAACGUGACAGACAUCAAUGACAACAGGAGUGACCUGUCCUGCGCCUGCGAGGCCGAGGAGGCGGCCAAGCUCUUCCCGCUGCGCCAGGAGACGGCAGCCAGUUAAUGCCCCCCCAGGUGCUGCCAGACCCGGCUCCGCUCGCAUGCCCAGGUGUCACCCGUGUCCUGUGCUCGUGCCACGCUCGCCCCGGGCGCGGGGGGGGGGGGGAGUGGGGGGCUGCCCCCCCUCCCCCAGGACCCCCCCGGCACCCCCCCCCCCCCCAGUCCCGGGGGUCGGGCCGCUGUGGGGGCGGUGCCGGGGGUCGCCCGAGCUGCCUUAACGCGGACCUGGAGAAUGUCACCCCCCCCCCCCGCCCCGGCCCGGCCCCACAAGUGGGGGGCAGCCACCCCCCCCCCCCCCCCCAAAAUCCUGCACCCCCCCGGGUCCCUCCCCUCGCUUGGCACCUCGGCUGUGCCCCCCCCCCUCCCCCUCCCCCCACAGGACCGUCCGGGCCGUUCUGGCGGGGGGGUCCCCGUGCCCCCCGCCCCCCCCCCCCCCCAGCGCUGCAUGUCCCGCCCAGCGCGGCCGGAGGCUCAAUAAAGGCUGGAGAUGCUGA